CUCAAAGUCUGUGGCAAGCUGGUCGACCUGCUAUUGAAGUUGUUCAACACCCGCGGAAACUUGAUUUGCACCGACCUUCUUGGUACAGGCAUCGACACCUCCGUAUCCAGUGCCCUCAUACAGGAAGGAGAGCAACACCAAAACCCUGACGGGUUCUCGCCGUUGAUUUUAUCGCGCCCGUUUAACGAGCCACCGUUGGAUACAAUGAUCCCACAAUAUGCGCUGUGCACUAACGCUGACUAUCUAACAGCACUGUGCUGGCGCGUGAAACGCCUUUGCGGUAGCAAUGAGGAUAUCAUCGCUCGAGCCUGCGACACAGGAUUUGCAGAUAAUCCGCUACUAACAAUAGAAGACAUGGUGCAAGCCAGAGAAACCUUCGGACGGCUGACCAGCAUAAUCCCACACCAUAUCGGAGGAUUCUAUAUCCCAGAAAAGCUCUCUCGCGCAGCGAGGGAAGAGGCCUAUUCGAUCCUGCAAAACAAGAAAUUUGGCAUCUGUCACGGUGACAUGCAGAUGUAUCGUUUCCUCGUCCGGUUCCUGCCAAAUCAAGAUGGGGAACUUCGCACUCCCGGCUCAGAUAUCGAGCUCGUGCUUUGCACGGGGUGGGAGCACUCAUUCCGUGCGCCACUUUGGUCAUGCGCGCGCAUGCCACUCUGGCUCAUCAGCCGGCCAAUCUUGAACGAGCCCAUUUCCUGGGAUCGCCAAAGACAAUUGCGUAAUGCCAUCUACGACAUGAUGAAUGAGCCCAGUAGAAUCGAGAGUGCCCGGGAGUGGAUCAUUUCGUACGUAUACGGACGUGCCGAGCGGUGGUUCGAGGGAUGCGUCAGCGCGCAUUGGAUGUACGGUCGGAACAUUGAAGCGAAUUUGGUGGACCUCAAGAAGUAUUGGGAAUUUUGGCGUCCGGACAUCCAGUUCCCGUUCGAGGUGGGAGUGGAGUACACUCGGCAACGGCAGGCUCUAUCCUGGCAUGGGUCGGCAGACGAACCCAUCACCGCACCUGUUACUGGAGAACUGGUUAUUCCCCUCCUUUCUGCGAGCCCUCUUGGAAAUUUGCUUGGAAUGGGUAGAUCUUGA